CAACUUUCUAUUAAAGAGAAAGAUUGCCGAAAUUAUUCAUUCAGAGAUAACCGAAACCAUGUCCGUUAGUAAAGUGAUAUAUAAGAGCUUUAAAGUGAUAGGAAAAUUGCCGCAAAUACAAAAUUUUCGAUGUUGUUCUAGUUUAUCUUUGAAACAACGUAACGAAUUAUUUACUGCGGAACAAAAACGACAGCGAGAAAAUGUGGGACGCAUUGAGAAAAUCGAGGUACGUUACUUGGGCUUACCAGAAGAUGUAACUUUGGUGAUGAACCGGGACUUGUCUACACCUUAUAAUUGUGCUCAACAUUUAUCUGAAGGUCACUGUAAGCGUUCGGUACUAAGUCUGGUUGAUGGUAAUGUACCUUGGGACAUGCACAGACCUUUACAAGCCAGUUGCACAUUACAAUUAUUGCAUUUCACUAUAUCUGAUCCACAUGUGGUCAAUAAAACAUUUUGGCGGUCCUGUAGUUUUAUGCUGGGAGCUGCUUUACAAAAUGCUUUUAAAGAGGAUGCUCACUUACAAUUGCAUAGCUUUCCAGGCCCAAAUAUUAAAACGGGUAGUUUUAUUCAUGACAUCGUACUUGGCUCUCGUGAUUGGCAACCAACUAAAAGUGAAUUGCGAGCACUUUCUGCCGAGAUGAUCAAAUUGGCCGCUAAAGACCUCAAAUUUGAGCGACUGGAGGUGAAUCAGGAGUUGGCCUUGGAAAUGUUCAAAGAUUGUCGCUACAAAAAAGAACAACUUCCCAGCAUUUCACAACAAAAUCGUGGUCGUAUUGUAUUAUAUCGCAUGGGGACACAUAUCGAUAUCUCUAAAGGGCCUAUGAUAAGUUUCUCACGCUUCGUAGGCAAAUGUACAGUGGCGGCUAUUCACAAAUUGGCUGAUGAGGACGAACAUGAUGCUCUCUAUAGAGUGCAGGGGAUCGCAUUGCCCCCUGCGUUUGCUAUCAAUCAUGUGGCCUAUGGGAUUUUGGAAGAUCGUGCUAAAAAACUGAAUCCUGCCCGUUUGCCAAACGAACCAUUCGAAGAAUCGCAUGUACAAAUAGCUUAAGGAGCUUAAGGUUAUUUCCUGUUGUUACCAAUUUAAGCCUAAAUAAAAUCAAUUACUAAUUUUUAAAGAUUUGGCUUAACUCUAUGAUUGCAGCGAGUAUUAGACAAAUGACGGUCAUUCAAUUGCUUAGUGUAGAAUAUGUUUAAGCGAAUUAUUAGGUGUUUGCAAAAAUUUUGAUCACUUUUUCACUUGAAAACGGCAUUUAUUGUUGGAAAAUUUGAACAAUGUAUAUUAAUCAAAAUAGCUUCCAUCAUUUAUCAUGACGAAAGAACUGAUAUUGAUUUGAUAGUGAUCCAUCCACCGGCAUAUUUUCGCAGUUCAACGCGCCAGCCAAUCCAUGCUGGUCCGAUCUGAAGAAGUGGUAAUCGGGAGAUGUCAUGUCUGGUGAGUACACUGAAUGUGGCAAAAUUUCCUAUUAGAGUUGCAACAGACUAUCACGGUACAAGCGACGAAAGAACGGCAUUUUCAGUCAAUACGUGUCGCUGCUUUUAAACCGUUGAAACCAAAACCAACAUUCGGGAUGUGAUGGAGCAGCAUCCGGUGGCAGGCCUCUUCAAAUAAACAACAAAAGUAAUGAUUAUAGAAGAAGAGUUUUCUGGGCUCCAUGAUUAGUGCCGGCGUACGCUGAGUAAAUCAAAAAAAAAAAAUUAAAUAGAAUUCAACCGUUAUUUCCCAUUUCUUUAUCAUUUUUACCUGUAGAACUCGCUGAUCAAAAUUUUUACAAAUACCUAACCCUUAUGCGCGGAUUGAUUAUCAAACCGAGUAUAUAUUAAGUUAGACAAAUUAUUAUACCUUAUAGAAUAACGAUCUGGGCAUCGAACAAAGUAUACAUUUUCCUGACCAUCGUAAUGAUUUCAAAACUUUAUUCAUAAUAUAUUAAUAUGAAAAUGAAAAAUUUCUACAAUUUUAGUUACUGUAUAUUUUUUGCCCGCAUAACCACCUAUGUUUGUGGUUCCUUUUUCUACAUUUACGCUAUGAAACGAAUGAAUUGUUAUUAAAAAAUGAGCGUUCUUUGUAUAAGGAUUUAUAUAGGACAUGUUUGCUAGUCGACUAUGCAGUGAUUUCAUUAUAACUUAAAUCAUGAUAAUGGAUUCGCUGGAAUAGUUUUGUUCUGAUAUUGUGAUCCGUCACAUGUCAUAAAGAGUUUAUUAUUACGUUUCCUUGUCAUCGUUUCAUAUGACAUUCUUCAUUUUGCAUUCAAAUCAAGACUCUAUUAUUGAAAGC